CGGAAGUACUCCAUCUUUACUUCGUUGGUGCUGUUUUGUUCGAAGGUCCCUCCGUUAAAGACGUCCAUUCAUUUUUUGCUAAAGAAAGCGUUGAAAGUCAACUACAUUUCUGUUUCUUGUGGAAUACGCCGUCAUGAUUGAACCAAUGAAGAGAGCGGGGGACAUGGCGGUGGUUCCUGCCGCAGUGAAGCGGCCCAGGAUGGAGCUGGUGGCGGCGGCUCAGUCCCAGCAACUCGUGGCCACGGGUCCUCCACGCAGCUCCAGUCUUCAGGCUCCCAUUAUGCUCAUGUCUGGUCAUGAAGGAGAGGUCUACUGCUGCAAAUUUCACCCUAAUGGAGCCACGCUGGCCUCCUCAGGAUUUGACAGACUUAUAUUGAUGUGGAAUGUGUAUGGAGAUUGUGACAACUAUGCCACCCUGAAGGGCCACAGUGGAGCAGUGAUGGAGCUGCACUACAACACUGAUGGCAGCAUGCUGUUUUCAGCCAGCACAGACAAGACUGUAGGUGUGUGGGACAGUGAAACUGGAGAGAGGAUCAAGCGUCUGAAAGGCCAUACCUCCUUUGUUAACACCUGCUACCCGGCACGCCGAGGACCCCAGCUCGUCUGCACCGGUAGCGAUGAUGGGACUGUCAAGCUGUGGGACAUUCGUAAGAAAGGGGCAAUCCACACCUUCCAGAACACCUACCAGGUGCUGGCCGUGACCUUCAACGACACCAGCGACCAGAUCCUGUCAGGAGGCAUCGACAAUGAUAUCAAGGUGUGGGACCUGAGGCAGAAUAAGCUGAUCUACAACAUGCAUGGACACGGAGACUCAGUAACUGGACUCAGCCUGAGCUCUGAGGGCUCAUACCUCCUAUCAAACUCUAUGGACAACACAGUGCGCAUCUGGGAUGUCCGACCGUUUGCACCCAAGGAGAGAUGCGUGAAGAUUUUCCAGGGCAACGUCCACAACUUCGAAAAGAAUUUGCUGAGGUGCUCCUGGUCCACUGACGGCAGUAAGAUAGCUGCAGGCUCAGCUGACAGGUUUGUGUACAUAUGGGACACCACAUCACGCAGGAUCCUGUACAAGCUUCCAGGCCAUGCCGGCUCCGUCAACGAAGUAGCCUUUCACCCAGAGGAGCCCAUAGUUCUGUCCGGCUCCAGUGAUAAACGCCUCUACAUGGGAGAAAUUCAGUAAUGUGUGUUUGAGUGUAAACUUCGAUGUGUGUCUGUGUGUGUGUGUGUGUGUGUGUGUGUGUGUGCGCGUGUGUGUGUGUCUGUCCUGCUUCAGAUGUUGAUGGGAUGUGGUUAGUGGGUUAAGAGUCUCUGUAAUUUCAUGUGCUCCAACCUCAUCACAGAACCACCUCAGGACACGUCUCUGAAGUUUAUAAUGCUCAGCUUGUUUUAUACAACGAUUUUUUUUUCUUUUUAAUAAACUUCAAUAUUCUGUA